CAAAUAAAUAUGUACACAGUAGAACCAAGAAAUAUAAACCUGCAAAAUCCAACACAAAACGGAGCCAUCGAACAACCAUAAAAAAAGUGCCAGAGCGAGGGAGAAUCAGGGAAGAGAGAGAGAGAGAGAGAGCGGACUCAGAAGAAGGAAAAAAAGUGGAGAAAAUUUGACAAAUUACACACAGAAGAAAACGAACACAAAAAAACGAAGUCGAUCUGCUCCGCCACCGCCUCCUCCUCCUCCUCCGCCGCCCUCGAUCUUCGCCGGCGCCUGAGCUCGAAUCUGGGUGGUGAUGGCUGUUCAAGCACCUGCGAGGCCAGUCAUGGAUGAUAUGGAUGAUGAUGAUGCCCCAUUAGUUUUUAGGAGGGGUGGCAACUCAGCAUCUAGGCAAAGCCAAUUAAAUGCUGAAGCUAAGAAGAUGCCGUCUUCAUCUCAAAAUGCCAAUGGCCAAAGCUCAAAUGGGCAGAGGAAUAAAGCUCCAGUUGCUUCUUCCAGGUCACCCCCGGUUAAGUCUCCCAUAGGGAGCCCUAGAGCCUCAACUUCUUCUUCUAUAAAGGCUUCUCCAUUGCGGUCUCCUGUAACAAAUUCUAAAUCGCCAAUGUCCUCGGAGACAAGGCAAAUGCCUAAGCAGAAUGCUUCGCCUGCUGUCAAGGUGGAGGUUAAGUCUGUCAAAUCUGAGAACAAGGCUCAGGUCGAUGAUGAGGAUUCUGAGGAUGAUAAGCCCUUGAAUUUCAGAUUGAAGGGAGCUGCCAACAAUGCUAAGAAAGAAGUUGGUGGUCCCAGUCAUGUGAAAAAGGAAGACUCUGAUGAUGAUGAUGAUCUCCCUUUGGCCUCAAGGAUGUCAGCUAAACCUAACCAUUCGAGUGAAAAGAAACCUUUAGCAUCAAAACUUCAGCAGAAUGGCAGCUCAACUUCGAAUGCGAACAAGAUGAAAACUCCGGUUGUGCCAAACAAGAGGCCUAUGGAGAAGAGUAGUUCUUCGCAACAAUCCUCUGUAAAAAAGCCAAAGCUUUCUGUUCCGUCUUCCACCACACAAGUCAAACCUACGACAGUUAAAGCAGAGGUGAAAGCUGACGAUGAUGACGAUCUUCCGAUCUCCCACAGGAUCAAGAAGGCAACGAUGUCAGAAAGAAAACCAUCGUCUGCAAACCCAAAAGCAACCAAAGUGGUCUCUUCUUCGUUCAAGAAGGCCAAUAUGAAGAACGCAAAACAAAUGAAAAAUUCGAAGUUUAUCAAGUCAACAAAAGUUACCCCCGGUUCUACUGAUGGCCAGAGAAAAUGGACUACCUUGGUUCACAACGGUGUAAUUUUUCCUCCUCCAUACCAGCCUCAUGGUAUUAAGAUACUUUACAAGGGGAAGCCAGUUGAUUUAACUCCAGAACAAGAAGAGGUUGCCACUAUGUUUGCGGUGAUGAAAGAUACCGACUACAUGCAAAAACCAAAGUUCCUUGAUAACUUCUGGAAUGAUUGGCGUAGGAUACUAGGGAGGAACCAUGUAAUACAGAAGUUGGAUGAUUGUGAUUUUUCACCAAUAUAUGAUUGGCAUCAGCAGGAGAAAGAGAAGAAAAAACAAAUGAGUACAGAAGAGAAGAAGGCAGUCAAAGAACAAAAAUUGCAGCAAGAGGAGAAGUAUAUGUGGGCUAUAGUGGACGGUGUUAAGGAAAAAGUUGGGAACUUUAGAGUCGAGCCACCUGGUUUGUUUCGAGGCCGUGGAGAGCAUCCUAAGAUGGGAAAGCUCAAGAGACGCAUCCGACCUAGGGAUAUCACCAUAAACAUAGGGAAGGAUGCUCCUGUUCCAGAAUGUCCAAUUGCUGGUGAAAGCUGGAAAGAGAUAAAACAUGAUAACACCGUUACAUGGUUGGCUUUCUGGAAUGAUCCUAUCAACCCCAAAGAAUUCAAGUAUGUGUUCUUGGCAGCCAGCAGUUCGUUAAAAGGGCAAAGUGACAAGGAGAAAUAUGAGAAGGCUAGGAUGCUGAAGGACUACAUACACAACAUCAGGGCAGCUUACACGAGGGAUUUCAAUAGUAAGGAUAUAGUAAAACAACAAAUAGCAGUUGCGACCUAUCUUAUUGAUAAGCUAGCUCUAAGGGCGGGUAAUGAGAAGGUACGACUUCUGGAAUCUGUAUAAGCGAUUAAUAUGGCAUAUAAUGUGCCCAAUCUACGCAAAUGUUACUUUGUUUCUGCUGCCGUUUAUCAUCCUAAGUGCAUGUAAUGGGAAGAUUGAUGACUUCGCAACGAUUGGUUCCAAUGUGGCCUUAGUAAAAGGCUGAAAGGCCAUAGAGAUGCUGGCAAAUGGCCACAUGGAUCCUGACUAUCUCAUGCUUAGAGGGUAGGCUGAUAAAUCAGAUCUGGCACAUUUAUCAGACAACAGUUCAAGCACCUGGGGAGUUUGAUGUUCUUAAUACUGUUGGCAGAAUAAGUGCCCUGGGAGUUGUCUUUCCUUUAUCUUGUUCCCUAAUGCGACCGCCUUUUGUUUCUUCAUGUCGCAUUUAAGAAUGACGCCUGAUGGUGUUUAUGUUUAGUUGGGUGCUUCCAUAUUGUAGAACCUUGAACAGUCUUUUACCUUAAUAGCCUUUAAAUACCAUCUCUGUUGAAAAUCUAGAAUGAAUUUAUGCCAAAUGACUGACCUUCUGCAGGAUGGUGAAGAAGAAGCUGAUACUGUCGGUUGCUGUACAUUAAAAGUAUCCAACGUAGAGUGCAUCCCUCCCAAUAUGAUAAAGUUUGACUUUCUUGGUAAAGAUUCAAUUCGUUAUGAGAACACGGUUGAAGUUGAGCUUCCUGUGUUCAAAGCAAUUGGGAAGUUCCAAGCUGGAAAAGGGGAAAAUGAUCUCCUUUUCGACGAGCUGGAUACAAGUAAACUGAAUGCCCACUUGAAGGAACUCAUGCCUGGGCUUACAGCAAAAGUGUUCCGUACCUAUAAUGCUUCAAUCACAUUGGAUCAACAAUUGUAUGAAGAAACAGAAGAUGGUGAUGUUGCAGAGAAGGUUGUUGUUUAUCAAAAAGCAAACAAGCAGGUAGCAAUCAUCUGCAAUCAUCAGCGUACUGUCUCAAAGACUCACGAUUCGCAAAUGUUGAGGUUGACUGAGAGGAUUGAGACUGCCAAGCAAGAACUGAAAGAGCUGAAAGUUGAUUUGGAGAGGGCCAAGAAGGGAAAGUCACCUCUCAAGGGAGCAGAUGGAAAGCAAAAGAGGAACUUGAGUCCCGAAGCCAUAGCGAAAAAGAUAGCAUCUGCCAACCAAAAGAUUGAGAAGUACGAAAUGGAUAUGACGACAAAAGAGGAUCUGAAAACCGUGGCACUCGGCACCUCCAAAAUCAACUACCUGGAUCCUAGGAUCACAGUUGCAUGGUGCAAGAGGCAUGAAGUUCCCAUUGAGAAGAUAUUCAACAAGUCGCUUCUGGCAAAGUUUGCCUGGGCAAUGGAUGUUGAACCCCAGUUCAGAUUCUGAUGGAAGGGAAAAUCUGGGAAGUGGUGCUCACACAACCCUCCCACUUGCAAAAAGAGCAGCAUAAAAUUGAAAAAUUACCCAGAAAAUGAAACAAGGAGAAGAAGAGAAAGGACCAAUCAAUCCAGCUUCUUUUGAUGAUCCAUUACAGCUUUUCAAUUCACAAUUUUUUUAAUCAAUUUCUUUUCUUUUUUUGGGUCUUCCAGUUUUAACUCUGAGCUGCUGGGAAAGUCGAUGCUGUAUGUUCAACGAUCUAAUCUAAUUCAUCGAGUACUUGCUUACAUAUUUGCUGCCAUUGUCCCUGCCCACUUCUUGCUUCCCUUUUCUUCAUCACCAAUUCCAUGAAUUGGAUGCCUGUCUUGUAGCAGCAAGUAACCCUUUCUUCUUCUUCCAGAGUUUGAUGUAAAGGAAUGGCCGGAAUGAAAGACUAUGAAAUAGAUGCUGCUAAACUGCAGAGGAAUUCUGAUGAAUGCUUGAUUUAUGUAUUUUAUGACGACAUUGUUACCAUAGUCUCUGUCUCAGAUUUACUAACAAUUUAUAGACAGGAAAACCAAAGCCUGCC